GUUCCGCCAGAAUAGAUGUUACGGUUUAUCACGUAACCAAGGAAACCAAAUUAAACGCUUGACCCUUGGUCAUGCUCGAGUCAGAUGCUACUUUGCGUUAGGACCUGGACCAAUGCCAAAUCUCUUACUUGCUUUGGCCGAGUUUGUGACGUCCACUGCCACGUCGCCACCGAUAUGAACCACAAAAAUCUGAUGGAUGUCGUCACACAUGCGCAAGGGCCUGGAUCCACAAUUAUUCAACCAUUCGUGGAGUCAGAAAAAUAUACUGUGGUGGAUUGUUAGCCUCAGGAGCGGAAAACAUCCACAGCGUUUCUCGCCUUCAUCGUGGACUUGGAACGAGAGAAAACAACUCAAGUGUGGACGCACAGCUGAUUGUGUCGAGCACAAAUGUCACCGUCCAGUGAAUAAUAGUGAUCCACAUGAAAUGGACCACACUUUCAAAGCGGUCCUCGACAAGCAUAUAAAUAUCGCUUCGAUGAACCCAUCCGCCUCUACCGAUCCCUCCUCAAAGUACGCUCCUAAUGUUCCCAGUGCAACACACCUGCCCAUUGUGUAUAUGGAUCACUUGGCCCGGCCCCAGCAUGCAUACCUUCAUCAGCCGCGCCCCGCCACAGCGCAAGCCGUACCACCUAACAUGACACAUGACGCAGCUCGCCCAUCCGCGCCUGUCGCGUCCGUCCCGGGUGUGAGUUCUGGAUCUGUGCAUAAUCCAUCCCAAGCCGCACCACAAUUUUAUUACCCUUCUACUGUGGUGUUCAAUGUGUAUGUCACACAAGCCAUGAAUCCCAACCGACCACUACCUGCGGCUGCGCCCCCACAACAUCAAUCCGUGCCCACCCUGUCCAAUGAUCGCUUGUCUUUUCCGGGAGCCACGGCUCCUUACGCGGGUCAUGGUGCUCACCAGAAAAUACCUCCACCCCUAUCGCUAUUUAUGUCUCAAGAAACUAAUUUGUCGACUGGCCAAAAGCGUGUCGGGGACGACCUCGAAGACCGCAAAGUCAAGCGAACCAAAGUGGGCUCCUGCCACAUAUGGAAAGACACAAACUUUAAACCCGAACCCGAGUUAGAUGAAGAAGGACGUCAGAAAUUCAAAUGUUCAAUUGAUCAGGAGGUCAUACUUCCUGAAAGUUAUCGCAAGCACAUCAAGUCAAAGAUGCAUGUAGGCGACGAAGUAGAGAUGUAUGGAUGUUCUCUUUGUUCGCGAUCGUAUACCAGAUAUGAUGCCUUUGUACGGCACUCCAAAAAGCACGCAGAGCCAUCAUACUCAAUUACUAGUCAAGGUUCUAUGAGUGCUGCUUCUGCUUCGCCUGUGGCAGUACCCACCAUGCAAUUUACUUUCCGUUCCAAACCAACUGCCACGGCGAUGUCCAGUGGCUCGACGACACCAAACGCCAUGGAGAACGUGAAAAUCGAGCCCCCAGUAGAUGAAAUUACGCAGUCACAAGAAACGGCCAGUUUUGCGGAUCCCGUAGUGCAUCCCGUCGCCUCAUCAUCUCAGUCACCAGACACCUUGGCCACAGAGGCAGCCCUGGAGGCCGCCCUGAUUUAGAUUCGCCGUUCAAGGACAGAGGACAAUAAUUUUUAUUUAUUUGGCUUCUCGCCCAAGAUACCCACCCCUCUGAAUUAACUUCUUUCUUCCGGUCCACCUGCCCUCAUCGACCAUGAGGUGUAGCGUUUGUUGCAUAUUUCACUUCCCAUUUUAAAUCUUGUAUAUACCGCAUCCUGGGACUGAAUUUUUAGCUCUACCUGUGGUCUCCAUCAUUUGUCCUUAGCUAGUUCAUCUAUUCAACGGAUUUUUCUGGGCUCGCGUCCGGAAAAAUCCUCUUGCUGGCCAA